CUCUAAAGGAAUCAGAAAGCCGACAGCAAGAAAACUGUCCCAUACCUCAACUGAUGCUCCAAUCCCAACUGGUAAGGAUGAAAGGAUGAAAGAUGCAGUGCCACCAGUGAGCCACCAGGGGGUGCUUGUGCUGAUGUUGGUGAUGAGCAUUGGGCUCCUAGCCCUCCUCGUGGUCCUGCUCCUCUCUCGUGGCCGUGGGGGUGCUCUAGGUCUCAGGAAAUUCAUGAAGGGUCAUUUUCCAAGCAGCAACAAAGGAAGUAUGACUGAAGUCACACCCAGGAGACCAAUGGCAACUGUCCAGCACAAGGAAAUUCAUCCUGAUUCGCUACCACCAGCUGCCAAUCAUGACCACACUCCAGCCUCAUCCCUGCCUGGGGCCUUAGGGCCUGUCUACAUACAGCAGCCGAGCACCGUCUUCGUCAGUCUCCUGAACCAGUUCAAGGAGAGGUCCCCCACAGAGGAGGCAGAGGAGGAGAUCAGCUCCCCAUACCAGGAGCAGGGCAAAGAGAGCCACAUAUCCAAAGAGGAGGAGUACUGA